UUGAGGUGGCAAAUGAAGAGGAUAAGAAAAUUAAUCAAAUUAUCGAUGAUCUGUGUGUUAUUCCAUGUCCAAAAAUAAUAGAUCCAGUUUGUGCAACUGAUGGAAAUAUUUUUAAAUUAUUUAAUAGUCCUUGCCUAAUGAUUCAACAUUCAUGUGAAAGUAAAACAGAUUGGUUCCAAAUUGAGCUGGAUAGCUGUUCAGAUGAAAGUAUACCAUUAGGAAGAAGUUUUUGUGAAAAACCUUGUCCAUUUAUUUAUUUUCCGGUUUGUGGUCAUAAUGGCAAAAUAUCAAAAAUUUUCCCUAAUCAAUGUGUCAUGGAUGUGGAAAAUUGUUAUUUAGAAGAAAAAUUUGUUAUAACAAAAUUGGCCGAUUGUUUUAAUGUUGUACCAGCAUAAAUAUCCUGCAAAAAUUUAAAGAUAAU